GGCGUGGCGGGCAGCAGUUGCUCUAUGGUCGAUACACCUGACUAGACGCGAGAGCGCCUACUUCCGUCGCCUCUCUCGUAUACGCGAAACUCACAAAAUUGAGAUUGAUAGCACGAACAGUGCACAUUUGGUGUGCGAUUUUUGCAUGUCGUCGAGACGACUAAUAAACAUACAUUUGAAGAGAUUUUCUCGCGUCGGAGGUCGCGGGUUUGCAGCCCAAUUGUAGUGUGUCGAAAAGCGCCUAUUUUAUCGUUCCUAGUGUAACUUAGUGGACUCGUAGUGGACACUUGUGUUCAAAUAGUUCUACAAAGCUGUAGAAUAGUGCACAAAGGAUACGAAUAAAGCUCGGAAGGAGAAUAGAUUAUCGGUGCGUGCGGAAAGCUUCACGCAAAGCGCUUCGCAAUACCCAAGGGAAACAGAGUGCAUUCCAGACGUUGCAUUUACUUGUGAUAACAACCCAACAACUCGGACAGGAUGGCCGUGGAAAUGAAUCUGGACAUCCAGGACUCGCACAACGACCGGGAUGACAUACACGCUCGUAUAGCACAGUUCAAGCAGGACCCGGACAAGAUGAGCGAGAUGAAUGUUUUCCUGGACGAGGUCUUGAGUGAGGCACAAAAAAGUGCAGAAGUAAAACUGCAAGACAAAUCGGCGGAUGAAAGGCCUAGAAAUGGAAAUAAACUUCUUAGCGGUCUGAAACAACAUCGAGUUGUUACCCGCACACGAGGAAUAGUCCUAAGGAUUUUCGAAGCGAUAUGCAACUGCACUAACUCAGGUCCUCUACCCGGUCAAAGGCCGGCUGGUGGAGCACCGGCUGCAAGCAAUGUGGCAGCAUCUGCGGAGAAGUAAUCUACAAUUUACGAUUACGGCUCUAAGGUAUAAUCGUUCGAUGUAAUCUCCAAAACUAAGAAAAAGAAAACGCAUAAAAAGGUGUUCUAUACUGUACACAUUCGUGACACAAUAUAAGACGUGAAAACGGAUUACACCGCUGAAUAUUUAGCACUAGAGAAUGGCUAAAUGUCUUUUGUAGUAUUUAUCAAUUAUAUAAUCGUACACUGCUAUCUAUCCCUGGUACAAAACCUUUUGAGAUGAAUCUACACGACUCCGUUUAGUUACCUAUUUACCUUAAAAAAAAAAACAUUUGGAAAAACCCUGCAUAUUGUGGCAUGCCAUAUCAUACACAUUUCUAGUACUUAGAGUGGUCACAUUAUUUCAAAAGAAAUAUCUGCUACACACAACAUGUAAAAGUUUCAUAGUGUGUGUCCAGAGACAUGAUGUCACGGUCGCCAUGUAGUUAGCGCCAUCACUAGAAUGUCAUUGUUUUCGAUCUGUAAUAUAUCACAGAGAGCACGGUUUUCAAUCUAUUUUAACCUAUCUUUUGAUAGAAUAAUGUUGUAGCACUCUUACGAACUAAGAAACAUAGAUCACAGACAAACAGAUGUUGCAUCUAAAACAAGUUUUCGAAAAUUCGUGGAUAUCGGUUCUAUGAAUUUGUUUUAUUUUUUCUUGUGAUUGAACUUAUAAUGGACUGUACAAAUUUGAUUGGUAAUUGUUUUUUUUUUUUUCAAUAGUACGCUAGCAUUACAUACUUUAUUCAUUGAUUGUUUGAAUAUCAUCAGAUAUAUUUCUUUUUCCGUGAUAUGGGUACCGUUCGUUUCGUACUGUUCGCAGGAUACUUUUAUUCUCGUUUCUACUGAUCCAAAUGGUUAUAUAUUUUGUUUGUUAAAAGCAAUCAAUAGCCUAGUUUCCUGUUCAAAUUAAUCACUCUAAAAAUUUGAUGACUAUGGUGCCUGGUAGAAACUUUCUACAGAGAUUUUUAUUUGAAUCAUUUCAUUUCUUUACAAGUACGUACGUGAAUCGAAAAACAACGUUCUUAAAUUAACAUAUUUUAAAUGAUCGCAGCUGAAAAGACAACUGUGUAAUAUUUGUUUAUAUAUGGCUCAACCAUGUAACUAUUGAAACAUAUGGCAUGCCACCGCGUCAUAUAUUUUCGUUUGAAUCCAGAAGAUCGCCAUUUUUGGCAGAGAUUACCUUUAUACAUUUUUGAAAAAUAUAGCCAUGUUAUAUUUCGAUUAUGUACCGAUGGCAAAAGAUAUUGUAGUAUACUGCAAUGUCUUUUGUACUGAUACACCUGUCCUACUAUACAUACCUAUGAGAUAUAAUCAAAAAUAAUACAUGGUUUCAAAGUGAAACUUCCAGCAUAGUUUAGUACAAUUAAAGAUAUUUCAUAGAGAUCGCAGAUUCUUUUAAUAAGUUCAUGUUGAAAAGCUUCCAAAUUGUUUUAUUUUAGUAAAUUAUCGAAAUCGGAAUUGGUCUUAAUCUGUCGGCGUCAUCAAUGAGCCAUUUUACGAAGUGACAACAAUGUUGAUGAUGAUAUUGAUUUUCACGGGUUAUUGGACGCUACCUCCUGUCAAAAUUCAUUCAUAAAAUCGGUUCGUAAAAUGGACUUUUGUCGAAGAAGCCCACAUGUGAUCUUAUUAUUAUUAAGUUUUGUAGAAUGUUCUAUUAAGUUUAAAACUCUGGUGUAGAAAUAAAGAAUGUGUACAGGAAAAACGUAGUUAACGGAAAAAUAGUGUUAUUGAAAGGGACACAUGGAUAAAUGACGAGUAAAAGCUUCCAACAAAGAUACAUUUAAAAUUCAGUCUAUUGAAAUGCGCGUACCUUGCGUUUCAUGCAUUUCUUGAAUUUCUGCAGAGAGUUUUCCGAAACUAAUGUUGCUAUUCGUUUUUUACGGAUUCUUUUUGGCCAGAGCCCAAUUCGUUUCGAUUGGACGGCACAGUAUAUAGUGAAUUCCAAAUCAUCGAAUCUGCCGAAUCAAAACCUUUUUUUAUGGAAGAGAGUACGAUCAAACCAUUUGCACAAAUACAUUAGUAUUCAUAUAGAGGUGUUCGUAUUAGUAAUGCGUAUACAAAGAAGACUGCAUCAAGACAUUCGACGACUACUUUUUGCUGUGUACAUUCUUUAAAAACAUGUUUUUUUGCUAAACAAGCUAAACACUACUCUAAAACAUUAUCAAAGUAACCUGUUGCACAAAUGUGACUACUCAACCACACGAAGCACACCGUGAAACAUCUGUACCAAUCCUGCCGAGAACACACAGUGCAGCACAAAAUUAGAUGAAAUUUCAAGCUCCUUCACCCUCAACUGGUGUACUAAACAAAAAUAACUAUUUAAUGAUCAUUAGUGUCACAACAAGUUGAUUUUAAAACCGUCUUCCUAUAAUCUUAAAAAAUUUGUUCGACAAUCAAAAUUCCAAAGCAAUACAUUUCGAAUGUUUUUUUUAUUAUUUAUUUAAGUUUUUUUACAAACAAAAAAAAUCAGUGCUUUAAAUUGAUAGCACAGAUUAACAGACGUAAAACCACAAUUCCACUACUCCAAUAUUGUGAGAUACACACGCUAACCUGAAACUACCCAUCGACUGGGUCGAGUUGACCCGGAUUUUCAUGUUGUUAGCAGUUGUCAAAAUCCGGGUAACCCGAAAACCCAGAUUCGCUGAAUUUGGGUAAAGAUCUGGGUAAUCGGCACUUUGUCACUUUUCGGCUUCAGAAUAUGGCAGCGGUCAGGAGAACGCUGGAAACUAUGAAUGUUUUCGCGAAAAAUAUGCUGAUGAAUGACGGGAAAACAGUGGAAUUAUUCCGGGGAACUGUUUUCCAGCAUCAGGUAAGUGAACAGCACGUGGCAACUGAGAGCUUUUUAAUCAAAAUCUAAAUUGGAAAUAAAUUAACAAAAUCAAGGCCCCGGAGGAGCUGGGUAUCGUUUACCCAGAUUUUGAUACCAACAUCGGUAACCCAGAUUUGAGUAAAGGUGCCUUUACUCAGUUUAGAGUAACUGCAGUUUUGCUCAGUCUGGGUCGCUUUGACACCAAUCUGGGUAACUGAGGGUUAGCGUGUACAGUGUUUUGACCUGCAAAAAGCGUUAGAGCUCUAUUAUGAAACACUUGAUUAUAUGUAAAACACGUUGGAGAGCAGUACGUUUGCUUCUAUGUUCUUAAAAUACACAGUUAAAAGUCUUUAAAAUUAUCAUUGAAAUAGCCGAAAAAGGUUGUUUUGACAGUGUUCAGUCUGUUUGUCUGUGGCUAUAGUUUUGUUAGGGAAUCACGUGUGUGUGCGCAGUACACAGCAAUCAAUGCAAAUGCUUAUGGAACCAAAUAAAUUAAAUUAAACAAUAGGUAGUCAGCGUUUCGUUUGCCAUAUUUAAGUUUCUAUUGGAAGUAUGUAUUGAACGCGAAAGUGUUAUGGAAUAAUAAAGGACUGAUUUAGCACUGGCUUGCAAAAUAAAAUCCCAUUGAAUGAAUGUACCUAUCGUGUACUCUGAUUCAUAAUCUUAAUAUUAUCCAGUACAACCCGUAUAAUGUAGAUGUCACUAAUGAUAAAUAAAACCAUUGCUCAAUGCGUGGGCA